AUGAACAAGACCAAUUCACCACACGAUGUGUUACAACGAAAGUAUUUCAAUACAAUGGUUAUCAAUGGCGAAGAAGUGGCAGUUUUGGCGACAAUUGCUGAGUUUAAAUGUCGUAAUGAGAACCUCGAGACCGGAAAGCAUGUGAUAAUAGGUCCGCGAACUAUAGUCUGCACCAAAUCGGGGCACUGGAGCACCGAUGAGCCCAUUUGUGCCGAUGACGCCUAUUUCGGACGUUUUGUUACCUCAAACCAAACCGAGAGCUCAGUUGGAAAAGUUGUAGCAAUGGUUAUAUUUGCGGUUAUUCUGGUGGCUAUCGUUGGGGUCGUGAGACAGCCCGCCGUUCUUCAACAUUCAUAA